AUGGUUGAUCCAAGUCAAAUAUUGAAUAUCCUAGUUUUGGGUGCUUCACAAUCCGGAAAAUCUUCUCUAAUUUUACAAUAUGUCCACUCAUUUUUCCCUGAAGAAUAUGACGCAAAUAUAGAAGAUACAUAUACAAAGCGUAUUGCAAUCAAAAGUACUGCCAUAGCAAUCAAUCUAUUUGAUGCUGCAGAUACUGGAGAAUACUCUGAAAUGAGAAACCAGCGAAUUGAUAACGCUGAUGGAAUUAUUCUAGUCUAUUCGGUUUGCUCCAAAAAUUCCUUGGAUCGAUUACACCAACUUUACGAAGAUAUCACUAGACAUCGCGAUUUUUUGCCUCCAAUUGCAAUUGCUGGUACUAAAAUUGAUCUUGAAGGUGAAAGAGAAAUCGACGGAAUCAUUGGUGAAAAAUUGUCCAAAGAAAUCAACUCUUCAUUCAUGGAAGUUAGUGCAAAGGGCAAUAUUAACGUCAAUGAAUUUUUCACCGAUUUUGCAAUUAAAGUUUACGAAGAUAAAAUUAAUAAAAUAAACGUAAAGGAAAACGAGAAAAAGUUAAAACAACAACAAUCUCAACCUCAAUUGAAAAUGAACCAGAAUUUUUCAAAUACAAAUUCCUCGUAUAAUGAGCCAGAUCAUGAUAAUCCAAGAGAGAAAAACUAUAACAAUUUAGACAAUCAAGAGGAGCCAAAGCUGGAUAAAGGCGGUUGUUGUAUUAUUAUGUAA